UGAUUCUGAGGAAAUAUAUCCUACUGGAUCAAAUCGCAACAGAAGUGGUCACAGUUGUGGUCGCAGUUAUGGUCGUAGCCAUAGUCACCAUCAUGGCCGCCCAAAAUCAAAUAAUAACCAACAAAGUCAUACUGUUCAACAUAGCAAAGGCAAACGUGGUAGAAGUCGAUCUAGUCUUUAUACACUUCCUAAUUCAUCUGACUAUAAGCUGACAAAUAUUCAA